AGGAACCAGCCACUGAGGACUCUUAGGAACGGCAUGGAGUGCAAAUGGAGUGGCUUGGUGCUGAUCAUUUCUGUGUGCCUGGGCUCCUACCAAGCCGGGGCCAGCCCCCUCCACGAGUGUGGCGAGCGGCCGGAGGACUGGUGCCGCGACGCGGCCACCGCGGCCAAGUGCGGGGCGCUGGAGCUCUGCCGGCUCACGGCGUGGGACCGGGCGCUGGGGAAGGGGAUCCCCUGUCACCUGUGCCAGAUGGCAGUCUCUGUGGUGGGCAAGAUCCUGCAGGACAACCGCACUGAGGAGAAGCUGAGGCUCUUCUUGGAUAAGAGAUGCCAGUACCUGCCCUUCCAGGACUGGUCUGUCAAGUGCAAGAGGAUGGUGGACACAGGCAUCCUCGUCCUUGUCCAGCUGGGCAAGCAAGUGCUGUCGGAACCGAAGGUGGUGUGUGGGACCAUCAGGUUGUGCCAGCCCCGGAACAGACCCACGGGGACCUUGAAGUAUCAGCAGCCACCACCAGCUGCCACAGGCCCCACCCAGGACUUUGCUGACCUCAUUGCCCCCUUCAUGGCCAACGUGCCCCUCCUGCUCCACCCCCAGGAUCUGCCUCACGGCGAGGCCCAGGAGAUGGAGGAGGUGUGUGGGCACUGCCUGCAGCUGGUGACGGCCGUGCAGGAGGCGCUGGGGACCAACACUGCCUUCACCUGGGCGCUGGUGGGCCACGCCAAGAGGGUCUGCGAGACCCUGACACCCGACCUGGCACAGCUGUGCAAGCGCUCCCUGGCCGAGUACACGGGCACGGCUGCCCAGCUGCUGCACUACCUGCAGGCUGAGGACCCAACGGAGCUGUGUGGCCAGCUGGGACUCUGUGCCUCCAACUCGGCACUGCCCCUCCACACGCUGCUCACAGAGAGGGUGAUGCAGCUCCUGAGCACGCUGGGGGACAGGGUGCGGAGCACUCCGCUGUGUGACAUGUGCCAGUUCACCGUGAGGACAGUCGAGAGCCUCCUGGAGAACAACGUGACAGAGGAGCAGCUGGUGAACGACAUCGAGAAGGUGUGCUACAUGCUGCCCCACGGCGUCAUUGGGCAGUGCAAGGACUUCGUCAACUCCUACGGCAAGGCCGUGGUGAUCAUGCUGCUGGAGGCCACCGACCCCGCGGCCGUCUGCACCAUGCUGCACUGCUGCCCCCGCAGCGGGGACGCCCGCCACGGGGCCGAAUCCCUGGAGCAGCUGGCGGUGAGCUCCGGCGCCUUCUGCAAUGUCUGCCAGAUCGUCAUCACCUACUUGGACAACGAGCUGCUGAAGAACGAGACGCUGGAGGAGCUGGGCGAGGUGCUGGAGAAGGGCUGCGCCAUGCUGCCCAUGCCGCUCACCAGCAAGUGCCAGGCGCUGGUGUUGCAGUACGAGCCGGCGGCCGUGCGGCUCUUCGUGCAGAUGAUGGACCCCACCUUCGUCUGCACUAAAAUCAAAGCCUGUGACUCAGGCAAGGAGGAUCUCCUGGGCUCGGCCCCGUGUGUCUGGGGCCCUCAGUACUGGUGCAAGAACAUGGCCACGGCGGUCGAGUGCAGCGCUGUCGCACACUGCCGGCGCCACGUGUGGAACUAGGAGCCGUCUCCCCAGCUCGCUGGACUUGCUCUGCCGUUUGGCUGGGGAUCCUGGCUCCCUUCCCCGGGACGUGCCUGCACGCACAGACGGCAAUGGCAGGAGCCGACCGGCCUCGGCGCGCCGGCGGGGCUGCGGGGAACCCCAGCGGCCUCGGCCGCUUCCUCUUCCACUCCUGGGGCUUGGAUUUCCAAAUCAGGUUAAGGGACUCGUUAAUAUUUUCAGGACUAGGGAUUCGGCCUUGACAUCUCUCAGGGCGACUGCAAAAUCCCCAACCUCUAUUCCCACCUCUGUCUCCAUCCCCAAUCCCUUCUCUACCUCUCCAUCCCACCCUGAACCUCUCGUACGGCUCAGAUCCUGCAACGUGGAUCUGUCCCUGGGGGCUGGGCUGGGUUCUGCUGCCCAAACGCUGGCCCCCCACUGCUGGCUGGCGGCAGCCUCACCUGAACAUGAAAUGGAUGAGUUUGGGUGCCAGGAUUUCCUUUCGCACGCCCAUCCCUGCCGGGGCUCCUGUGCUGACCCAGCCGUGGUGGUGAGGGCAGCAGGGUGGCUCGUCCCUCCCCGCCGUAUCGGGGGAUGCCUGCAGUGCCUGAUCCUGGGCGUGCAUGGGAGCAUCCCACCACAAAUAAA